UUUGUGAAAUCACCGAAAUUGUCAGCCUCACGAUUUCGAAUAUUUCAGCAAACGACAUGUCGGGAUUGUACGAACAGAGGUUGCUUCUGCGUCGGCGAGAAGGGAAGUAUGGGUAUGCCAGGCCCUCAGGGUCCUCCCGGUGCACAGGGUAUACGAGGAUUUCCAGGUCCCGAAGGUCUACCUGGGCCGAAAGGUCAAAAAGGAGCGCAAGGUCCACCAGGGCCACAAGGAAUGAAAGGCGAUCGGGGUUUGAUUGGUGUUCCUGGCUUUCCGGGAAAUGACGGCGCGAAUGGUCGACCAGGAGAACCGGGUCCUCCAGGUGCGCCCGGUUGGGAUGGCUGCAACGGAACAGAUGGAGCUCCCGGUAUCUCUGGAAUGCCUGGACCUCCUGGCAUGCCUGGUUUCCCAGGUAUUCCAGGUACUCCAGGACCGAAAGGUGAACCAGCUAUUGGAUAUGCCGGAGCCCCGGGCGAAAAAGGUGACUCAGGUAUGGCGGGUAUGCCAGGAUUACCAGGUCCACCAGGACGAGACGGCUUCCCAGGCGAGAAAGGCGAUCGUGGCGACGUCGGUCCACCUGGGCCACGAGGACCACCAGGUGAAAUUGGCGCUCCGGGAAAUCCAGGAAUUGGAAGUAUUGGGCCCAAAGGAGAUCCUGGCGAUCAAGGACCUCGCGGUCCUCCGGGUCCACCAGGUCCUGUGCCAUCGACUGGUGCCAAAGGUACAAUCAUUGGUCCGGAGGGUGCCCCAGGAAUGAAGGGAGAGAAGGGUGAACCUGGAGAGCCAGGGCCACGAGGAUAUCCAGGUAAUGCUGGUGUACCUGGGCAGCCAGGUCUUCCUGGAAUGAAGGGAGAAAAAGGAAUUUAUUGUCGAAGUUAA